UAUCCACCACCAUCAGAUAACAAGAACGUGGCAGAGCCUCAUGAACCAGGAUUCAAAGCAUACACUAAUGAAGAUAUCCUGAGGAACGCCGGAGGUGAGGCAGCGGAGGGGGAGAGCAAGAGAGACGACCUGGAUGAGGAGGGUAAAAAACUCCGCUUCCUAGGGCACUACUCGACCACCACUGAGACAGCCGUGGUCAUGGUCACCUCCACAGUGUUUUUCUCGUGUCUCUCGGGUACCUCGACGGCGCUGUGCCUAGGUCGCCGAAAGAAGAAGAACCUACAGUCGCUUAUGGAACUUCAAGUUAAUCCUGAAGAGGGAGUCUACCUUGACAGCAGCCAGGUCACGAACACAGGGCGGGAGGCGCGCUCCAUAGACGAUGCUCUGGAGGCUUCUUCAGCGGCAGCGGAGGAUGAAGCAGAGGCGGGACCUAGGGACUCUGACGCCAAAAAUCAGACUAAACUGUUCGGCUUCCAAAUCUGGACUCGAACCCGAAUCACCACCACUGUUACUAUGCUCUUCACGGACAGCAACACCACCAUCAGGCUCUCCUAUUACUGCCAAGCGGGUAAUCUGCAGCUACCGCAAUUCAACUGCGUCUAGGAGGGCUGUUACCUUCUCAUAAUUAUUACUUCUACUGUUUCUGCUGGUGCUGCUACUACUACUACUACUACUACUACUACUUUUUAUCAAAUCAGAUCUGAAGUCCCGUCCUCCUCAAACCAUGUCAUAAUAUAACUGACCCCCUCCCCCCCCCCCUCCCCCCGCCUCUCUCUCUCUCUCUCUCGUUUCUGUUCCCACGCACUCUAAUGAGACCUCCUGCAGACCAUCCUAAUCAACUAAGCUAUUUAAUGUAUAUAAUGUACAUGAGGAAGAGAGUCCAAAUAAACUAUACUUAUGAGCUUA